AUGGCACCUGGCGCUGCUAUGAGGGGCGGCGCCGCCGCUCGGAAUAAUACCUUCAACCCCGGUGCGCCUCAAGACAUCUCACGACAGUCGCCUACAGUCAAUGGCCAUUCACCAUCCACCAAACCUACAUCCGCCGAUCACACAACAAUGUCGGGCUCUUACCAGGAUCGCUACGAGCAGCUGAAACUCGACCGUGCAAAACAAAGACAAAGAGCUAUCAGAGAUGGACAGAUGGCCGAUCCCAAUCAGCCCACGUCGCUGAAAAAGGCCAUUCGGCCUGUGGGUACUUGCGCGAGCAUGUGCCCCGAAUUUGAGCGCGUGGAGCGUAUUGUCCAGAAGAUGGUGGAUCGCAGCGAGAAGCAUCUGGAUCCUGCGACAAAUACCCUGCAGAACAUGGAAGCUAAGAUGCUGAAGCGGUUUCGACGUUCGGCGGCGGGCUACGACGAGCAACUCCCUUCUGAUAUUCGGACACCAAAGGCACUUUUACAAUCGACGAACUACCUGAUCCGGUAUGUCGUCGGUGGGAACGAGACUCUCGGCAUUGUACACAAAUUUGUCUGGGAUCGAACACGCUCCAUCCGCAAUGAUUUCUCCGUUCAGCAAGUCACCCACGAAGCCGAUGUUAAGGUCGCGGUGCUGUGCUUGGAGAGAAUUGCUCGCUUCCACAUCCUCUCGCUCCAUCUACUUUCUAGCCCCGCGAACGAGGAGCAAUUUGAUCGCCACCAGGAACGCGAACAGCUCAACAACACCAUGCUGUCGCUGAUGUACUACUACGAUGACAACCGUGGGCGUGUUCACUUCCCUAACGAGGAGGAGUUCCGCGCUUAUUACAUCAUCUUCUCCAUUCAUGACCAACGACCUGACCUCGAAGCUCGCGUUCAAAAGUGGCCAGCAGUACUGCUCAACUCUCCUCGCGUCCAGGUAGCGUUGGAGUUGUAUGCAGCGGCGUGCAAUACGUGGGAAUACCAGGGCACAUUGGAUGCAAGACGACCAAAUGCCAUUGCACAGGGCUUCUACACCCGCUUCUUCCACAUCAUCGACUCGCCCAGCGUGUCAUACCUGAUGGCAUGUGUGGCGGAAAUCUACUUUAAUCAUCUCCGACAAACUACGAUCCGUGCCAUUUGGAAAGCCUAUUGCCGAGCUCCAGUGUCACAACAGCACAAGAAUGAGGAGUGGACGGUGGAGCAGUUGACCAAGGUUCUAUAUCUUGACGACGACGAGCAGACGAUCAAGUUCUGUGAAGACCAGGAUCUACAGUUCGCCGAGAAUGCCAAUGGCGACAUGUAUCUCAACUGGGGUAACCGCCCAGUUGACUCUGUCGGCUUCUCGCCGUCUUCUGAGCAUGCUUUCUCGGAGACCUACGUUGAGUCAAAGCGUGCCGGUCGAAACUUGGUGGCCGUUAUUCUCGGAAUGUCUGUCCGAGAGGCUGCAGCUAUGGGCAUGAUCGAUGAGUCCGAAGUGCCCGAGCGCAUGCAAGAAUCCCCCAUGCAAGCUUCUACUCCCAUCGAAAACACUCUCUUCGUCAGCGACAAGGAAAACACGACUCCCGCUCCCACAGUGGAGAUUGUCCCCACAUCUCUAGACAGUGAUGUAUCACUCUCUGCUUCGCCCACGAAGAACGCCUUCAACCCCUUUCAACAACAGAAGCCAACGCCAUCGCCAUCCCCAUCGCCUUUUGCGAUUCCGACCCAGUCUCCUCAGCCUGCAGCACCGGAAUUGGCAACCCAACCUCCAAACCCCUUCUCCUCCAUGUUCUCCGGCACGCCAAGCAAGCCGGUGGAGUCGGCCCCGGUAAACCCAUUCGCUCCUAAGCCUGUGUCUUCGCCUUCGCCUUUUGCUUUCCCGAAGCCAGCCGAGGCGACUCAGCCGGCGGCCGUAUCGACAGCUCCUUCUAUCGAAUUCCCCAAGCCCGCAGCGACAGAAGUCGCUCAAGAGGGAACUCCUCCAAUUCCUUCUCCCUUCUCCUUCCCCAAGCCUGCUGAAACGGGUGUGAAAGCUGGCACUCCCCCAGCUACCUCUCCCUUUACUUUCCCUAAACCGACUGCAACAACUGAAAAGAAGACCACGCCAGCAGCCUCACCCAACCCAUUCGCUGCCUCUUUGUCUAAUUUUGCGCCCCCGAAACCGUUCGAAUCCGCCGAAGAAGCUGCUCCUUCCGGAAUUGGGAAAUCCCCAUUCCCUACACCAGGGGCCAAUGUAACAACCUCAAAAGCACCGGAGGUUUCGACCACUGCGCCAUCACUUUUCAAGCCAGCCUUCCCUCAGCCUUCUACAAGCACUACUCCUUUCCCAUCCACUUCAUCGCCUUUCACAUUCCCAUCAACUACACCUCCAGUAUCUGAAACUCCACCCACUGUUACGGAGGCUAGCUCGAUCCAGGAAACCUCCACUUUCUUCGAGUCGGCUAAGCCAUCCCCGUUCAGUGGAUUCCCGCAGAAGUCCCUGUUCCAACCUCCAGAGGCACCUGCAGCCGAGGAGAAAAAGAUCGAGGAUGCCAAGGAGACAUCCGUUCCUGUCUCCCAACCCAGCCAGCUCCCAACCACAGCGCCAAGUGCAACCCCAAAGCUUUUUGGUUCCACGGCAGGGCCCUCUGUCUUCUCUACGCUCCAGAAUCAGAAGCCGUUGUUCCCUGCUCCAAGCUCCCUCGCAAGUCAGGAUGCUGUGGCCGAGCCUUCCCCGAUCCAAGGAAAGGAGUCGGUGUUUGCAAAGCCCGCAAAACCCAGGAAAGAUGAAGCUGUCUUGCAAAAAUUGCCACCGAUAAAGGUUGCUGCAAAGAGUCCAGAACCGGUAGAGCCCGCUCUAACCGUUUCGCAGCUGGAGCAAUCGAGAUCCUCUCUCAGCUCAACUCAAAGCUCUGUCGACUCUGAGUCUCUCCAAUGGCGAGCCCCUCAGACAGAAGAGGAGGAAGCCGCCCUGUUCAAGCGAAUCAUGAGGCGCGCUGAAGACAAGGCACAACGCAAGGAGGAUAAGCUCAAGCGGAAGCGGGUUCGAGAAGAACAGGCCCUGGAAGAUUCAACGCGUGAAGAACGUCUGAAAGUAUCGAAGGUGUCAACCCCUGAAGAGUCACCUCCCCCGGCCAAGAAGUUCUCCCUUGCCGACUCGUCCAUCAAAGCUCUGCCAACCCUGCCAUGCCUAGAGAAGGCCAAGGCUCUUCUCGAGAAAAAGUCGGCUACUGCGGCAGAUACUGAGACCGAGACCAGGAAGAAACGCCAACGCGAGAUCGACGAGGACGAAAUGCUCCUCAAUUCUGCCCGCAUCGUGGCCGAGCAGCUGCGUACUGGGCCUAAACUCUUCGACGAUGUGUCUCCGCAAACUCUAGCUGAGCACAACGCAUACCAUGCGUACUGGGAAGAACGGGGCAAGCGCGCCCGCUCCUACAGCAACAGCAUCAGCCCUUCCAUCACGCCCUAUGCGCAGAGUGCAUCACCGCCACAGUUCCCACGCCAUUCCUACGAGGUUGCGUACGCGCCCGAUACCCCUCAGGGUCUGGGCCGGACGAUGUCUCGUACCGAGUAUCGCAUCCGGAUGACGGGUGGACAUGGGUUGGCGUACAAGCCGCUGGACUUCUCACGAUCCAACAGUCGAGGGAAAGACAAACUUCAGGACAACGAAAAGGACAAGGGCAAGAGCCGCUUUGCAAUGAGUGGUUAG